CUCUUCUGGUGUGUUUGAUUCACCAAACACACACAACGCAAUGUCGCUCCGUCGCGGGACUGGAGCACUGGGAACCGCACACACACACACUCUCUCUCACUCUGAGUGUGGAUCAGUGAGGGUUUAAACCCGUCCCUGUUUCUGUGCAGAUUUAUUCCUCUGAAGGAAACGAGGCUAAAAAUAAUAUUUUUCAUAGCAGACUGGAAAGCUGAUGUUGUGCCGCUCACCAGCUGCUCUCUCAGUUCCAGUCCUGAUGAAGCUCCAACUCUACUGGAAACUUUUGGAGUCUUAGGCCACUGCAUGUUGAAUGCCAUUCUUCCUCCUUGAAGUGACGCCAUUACUGCUAUUUUGGAUGCUGUUGAAAAAGCAGAAAAGGAAGAAGAAUCCCAGUGGGUUAACCUAAUUGGACAGUGAUGAAAGAGUGAAUAGGCUUGAAAAGCUGUCUUGCUCUAAGACAAAUACAAGUGGAUAUAAGAAAGAAAAUACAUUGGAGUUUGUGCCAUCAUUUCCUUGGGUGGCUUAGUUGGUCAAGAUGACUAGUCUGUUUCGGCGGAGCAGCAAUGGCGGCUCUCGAGGAGGAGGAGGAUCAGGUGGAGGAUCAGGUGGAGGAGGUGGAGGAUCAGCCACAGGAGAACUGAACAACAGUAGGCCUAACCGACAGGUGCGGCGGCUAGAGUUCAACCAGGCCAUGGAAGACUUUAAGACCAUGUUUCCCAGCAUGGACUAUGAGGUGAUUGAGUGUGUGCUGCGGUCCAACAAUGGGGCGGUAGAUGCCACCAUUGACCAGCUUCUGCAGAUGAGCAUCGAUGAAAAUGGAUCAGAUGACAGCUCAGACUCUGAUGACAGCAUCCCACCUGAGAUUCUGGACAGGACCCGCGAACCAGACAGCUCAGAUGAAGAGCCACCUCCAGUCUACUCUCCACCCACAUAUGACAUGCACAUAUAUGACAGGAAAUAUCCUAAUGCCCCGCCCACUCCUCCCCCCAGGUUCGAAGUGCAGCCCUCAGUGGGACAGCAGCACACACAAAGUUACAGGAACUGGAACCCUCCAUUACUCGGUAACCUGCCUGAUGACUUCCUUCGAAUCUUACCCCAGCAGUCAGACAGUAUACAGAGCUCCCAAAGCAGUGUGCGUGAGCCAUCAUCCUCCCUGGCGUUACUGCCUCAGCAGGCUGCCUGUGUUGCUGGAGCCUCUGAGCAGGAACGCAAGCUCAAACAGUACCUGGAAGAUGAGCGCAUCGCUCUUUUCCUCCAGAACGAGGAGUUCAUGAAGGAGCUGCAGCGCAAUCGCGAGUUUCUUGUCGCACUGGAACGAGAUCGACUGAAAUACGAAUCAAAGAAAUCUAGGUCAGCUGGUAACUCAACAGGUAAUCACUACACUCCUGGAUCGUUUGAGGCAUGCACGGUAGUGUCAGAUGACGCUCUGUUCAGAGACAAACUGAAGCACAUGGGAAAAUCAACCAGGAAGAAGCUGUUUGAGAUCGCCAGAGGGUUUUCAGAAAAGACAAAACGAAGAAAGGCCAAAAGAAGGACCCUCCUGAAACAUCAUUCACUGGGCACUGCCAAUUCCACUGCCAAUCUGCUGGAUGAUGUGGAAGGAAACCCCUGUGAGGAGGAAAGUCAGCUCAGAAGACUGGCCAUGCAGGAAGAGGAGCGGCCCCAUAGGGAACCACUUUCAUGAUCCCUCCUGUCACCUGAUGUAUUUAAAGUAUCUGGUGAAGGCAGAGCAACCCGUGGCAGACUGCCUUGUGGCUCUGUGGUUCCACGAUGAUGGUGCAAGCCAGUCAUCCCUGGCUCCGCCUACAUAGUCUCCACUCUCACAGGUUUCCCUCGUCACAGGAAGAGACUAGAAUUCUAAAGCAGCAUUGUAACAAGCCUAUAAUAAUUAUCUGCAAUAUAUAUAUUAACUGUAUGUUAACUUUGUUAAUUUUUAUAUGUAAAACUGAACAAAUACAGUAUUAAAUGGUUUGGGGUUUUUUUUAUCUCAAUUUGUGCUAGCUUCUUUGGAUAUAUUCGUCCUUUGAUUAUUUAUGGUUUAAGAAGAAUGUGGCUUGUUACAUAUAAUUUUUUUUAUAUCUUUGUAAAAUAUUUAUAUUUCUUCAAACUGAUCUUGACCAACCUGAUGAUCAUCUAACAUGUAGAAAACUUUUCAAAUGUCCAAGAAUCCAAUCCUUUAGUUAUACAAAAGGUUGCCACAUUUGCUUAUGUAAUCCAUUUGUCAUAACACCAAAAUGCCUUUUAAAAUCUGUACUCCAUUCUGUCUGACUACAAUAUACUAAGAUAAAGGUUCAAAUUAAAUGGAGGAGGAGGAUGCCGUCUCGAUCAUGGGUAGAACUAAUAACCAAUUCAGCCUGUAUAAGUGCCCUUUUAUCCAGCAGGCAUGAACUUGUCCUGAAUCUCUACUUGUCCAGAGCUGAAGCAUUCUCUUCCGUGGCCAAAUGAUGCUGUUACAGUGUUUGAAAUAAUUCUUAUUUGUUAUAAUGUAAUAUCAGCAUUUUUCACAUGAACAUGGGAAAGGGCAACAAUCUGUGAAUAGACUUAUAAUUGCACUGCCACUUGCAUUUCGUAAUCCUGUUAAGAUUCUUUUGUAGGUUUCCUACAGUAAAACUAACAAAAACCAGUAUUAAUAUGAUUUUAGUCAGUAAUGUUUUUGUCGAGACUGUUGUGUUUAGGAUCACCUGACUAUGUUGAGGAGUUAGGUGCACAGAACAAAUAGAAAGAUACCAUCAUGUUGGUUUAAUGUGCUGUCUGUUUCAAGCAAUGUGAUUUUAUUGUCGGGGGGGAAUUGAGAAUGUGACCUACACUUAGUUUGUGUUUUAGUUAAUGCUAGAAUAGAGUUCUCUACUGGGUUUCUGUGAGUAGAAUCACAGGAAUUCAAUACGUUGUAUUUUUGUGCUAUUAUGCAAUGGAUUCUUAGUAAAUGUAACAAAGUAUCUCCUGGGUUUUUGAGCAGAGACCAUUUUUCUAAACACUGUUUAGACCUUUAUUCUAUUAUUCCUGGUUCUAGAUAGCAGAUUUCUCUUUCUCCAUCUCCACGCCACCCAUAGGAGGUAUUGCACCGUCCAGCACUUUCCAUGAUCCUUACAGCGCUCACAUUGUCAUUCAUGACAUGGGGGUUAAUAAACUAGGAUAUCCAAUCCAAUACCGCUUAUUUGAAAGAGGGGUGGGACUCUAUGAAAAAAAAUUACUUUGACAUCUUUGAAUUUUCUUUGGCAUUUAAAAAAAAAACCAACAAAUUAUAAAUGUCUUCAUUUAUUUGUUUGGUUAGGGACACUGAAUAUUUCUUCAAGAAGUCAUUUAAUGAUUGCUCUUUGCCUUCAUUACUUUAUUGCUAUUAAAAUUGUUUUCUCUGAUUUUUCACGUCAGAAGUUUGGUCUUUUAAAAGCAGACCACCCUGUUUUAAAACUCUCAUACAAUUAUAAUUGUAUGUUCCUCCUCACUGUGUGACCAUAAAUUUGGUUCAUCUUCCAUAUGAUCUGUUAAUGCUAAAACAUUUAGCCUCUCAGGGAACUUAACCAUUUAACUAUUUUGGUACAAGCACAGCUUGAAUGGACAUAAAAAUGAAUAGAAAGACAUCAUUUUAAAAGCUUCAUGUAGCAUGUUCAGAUAUGGUUCAUAAUGCAAUAAAAACUGUUAACCAAUAGAUUUUUUUUUUAUGUCAGUAUUUUAGGAUUCUUUUGUUCUCAAAGACGUUAAUUUCAAUUUCCUUUUGGUAUAUAAUAAUCAAUACAGUGUACUCUGAGUAUUUAAUUUUGAUCAAAUUAGAUGAAGUAUUUUAUUAAUGUAAAACUAGCUUAGUAAAUUGAAUUUGUAAUUUAAAAUUAUUAUUAUUUGGGAGAUAAUUACCUUUAUUUCUAAGACGAUGACUGUAUUUCCUCCACUAAUAAGUGUAAUGGUUCUGUAACCCAUCAUACUCUCCACACUGUAUCUGAAUCUAAAGUUUUCUUACAAUCCUAUUACAUUCAUUAGUUAUUUAAAAGGAAUAAAAUUGUUACAUGGUG